AUGGAGGAAAACAAGAACCUUGCUGAAAAGUUGGCAAACUACUGCAGAAUAGAUCCUAAUCUAAAUAAAUAUCUCAUGGCAAACAAAGCGGCACACAACACUGCCAGAGCACGCAUUGGGUUUCGACCAAAACCCCACCAUCUAGCGGCUUUCCAAUCGGCUGCUUUCGGCCCGCCAGAAACUAUUUUAGAGAAACCUGAGGAUGGCCCAGUCUACAACGACUUUGACAAGCUUUUUGCUGAGUACCAAGCCAGUACUGGUAACGAGACUCUGUCAAUUUUACGCGAUUCUGACGAAUCUAAUGGCUGCAGCCAGCGAAACCUGAAUGGGACUGUGAGAACGCAAGCUUUACAAGAAGCUAUGGUUAAGCUGGGCUCAAUGUCGGACGACAUCGACGUGAUAACACACAGAGGCGACAUUGUCGAUCUUGCCAUGUGCUUAGCGGCUGGAGAUUCGCUUCCUAAUGAUAGAAUACAGCACAUUUUUCACAAGAAGCAUGGAAGAGCUCUAUUCUUCCACGAUGUUCGACGCGACGAACCCUUUAAGAAACAGACGUCGCGAAACAGCUGGUUUAGCGGUAUCAAGUUUGAAAUCAUGUGCACGGAGCACUGCUGGCCUGAAGAUAAGUCGAAAUGGGGGCCGAUUGCGCUCGAUUCCAGCAAUUAUCGGUCAGACAAACAUUCACAGAUCGUGGCGUUACCGCUAGGCUCACCCGGAGACCAGCAACUCACCGCACUUUGCGCUGCUGAGUACGAUUGUCGCGAUCCGAACAUCGAGGGACCAAGUGGGUACAUGGAAGUCAAAUGUAUGGCGCCGUUCGUCAAAAAAGUUACAAGCUACGAUUGGAGGAAGAUGACCGACGCAGCAGUGCUAGAGACGCUAGUCAACAGGCUGUCCGGCUCCAAGUUCCUAAAAUGCUGUCUUCAAUCAAGGCUGGUCGGCGUUCUGCAUAUUGUGCUGGGCAUUCGAGACCGAAAUCAGCAGCUGCUCACAGUGCGGAGGUAUUUGGUUUCCCAGAUCGAGCAGCAGCUUUUAAGGCUAGGCCGAAGGUAUAGCAAUUUCUACAGCUGUUUGCUCGGCGCCGUCGGCCAAUUCUUCCGAGAGGCGCUGGCAGCUUGCCAAGACGGGGAAUUCUACGCCGUCACGAAGGGGUCGGCGGACGCACUAAUAGUGGUGAGAAAAGUGGAACAGACGGAUCUCGAAUUCCCUGACCCUUUCAUCCCAGCGUUCGAGGAGCUUCUAAAGUCUUCGUGCCGGCAAAGGCGCCAAUACCUACAAAGAAAGAAGACCCAGACACCUCUCGACUCUCUGCCUCGGCCCCAAGGUCCCGGUGAGAUAGCAUUUACGUUUACACGUUCGAAAAGAAAACGCCACAAACAAGGUCGCAAGAACACAGGCCCCGCGUCUCGCGAGCCGGUAGCCGAAUUAACGACAGAAAUGCGCGGACUCUCGCUAGGACAAGAACAGCAAGAGACUAACUCCGAUGGCAAGAAGAAAAAAGAAACCAUUUCCGCACACAAAAGCAAAACGUCAUAG